AUGGACUUGCACCACCUCAAAUCUCCACUUUUCUUAUCAUCCUCCAGAGCGACCUCCGCCACUUUCCCGCUGACCCAUGGGUCCUCCACUCCCCGAUCCAAUGACCAACCCACCCUCGACGAGCCGUUUGCAGUCCGCAACGAGACCCCAACGAACCGGCACUUAGCCGAACACCCUUCUUAUCGACGGCAUCAUGGUCGCAGCCAUCACGCCUCGCCUGACGAGUCCCUCGCGCACGCCCGCACCCGAUCAUCGUCAAAGCAAGUGGAGCUUCCGGGCUUUGAUGGCCUAAAGUCCCAUCAUCGACACAAGCAUAGCAAAUCACGGGAACUUCGAUUACCACGCCCCAUGAGCCAUCUCGCGUCUUCGGCCAGUGCGCGUGGCCUGCUGUCUACCUGGUCGAGUGGUCGGGAUAAAGAGCGCGAGAGUGACGAUGGGUUACUGAGGCCGAUUACGCGAGAGACGACCCGGUCUCGGUGGGGAUCGGAUUCGACGAGUGGAAUGGGCUCGGGGAGUCGGAGGGGUAGUCUUUUGGAUGCGCCUGAGCAACAUGAGCGGCUGGGUCCUAUUCAACGGCAAGAGAUCCAAUCGAUGGAGGAUCUAGAGCAGGUCAAGAGACGCCGAAAGCAAGGUGAAGAGUAUCUACGAUCCUUGCUCUCCUCUGUAGGGACCAUCGCGACAGACUUGACUCGACGACUGGACUACACAUACUAUAAUUUACUCGAGAAGAUCACUGCGCUCAACUCAACUAUUGGCUUGUUCCAGGAACUAUCCGACUCGGCCUCGACCCUGCUCAAUGACUUUGAGAGUGAAACGGCCGGGUUAGACCAGGAGAUUCGCAAGCAGAUCAAUGAUCUGAAAGGUUUUGAACCGCAGAUUCGAAAAGCGGAUGCUCUAGACGAGCGCAUGAAGAAAGGCCGCCAACGAGUGGAAGAGCUGGGCAAGCGACUCGAAGCUGUGAGACAGCAGAUUGAUAACUGGGAAGAAAGAGAGGCCGAGUGGCAGACUCGCACCAGCCGUCGGUUGCGCAUCUUCUGGGGUAUCGUCAGCGGCGCGUUCGUGGUGCUCGUGCUAGCUCUUGUAUUGCGGAAUUGGCCAACUAUCAGUUCACCCCAUGCUGAUGCGGUCCCCGUACCAACGGAGUUGGCGAAGCUCGUGAAUGAGUCUUCUCCUGGCUCUACUCAUCUACCCGAUACUUGGGAGUCGGUAUUGAGGGUGAGUGAUCCGGAAAAUACAUCGGGCUCAUCCUGGUACCCGUCGAGUCUCGCAGAUCGACGUCAGAGUCUCGAGCAUGCGCAGGCGGCAUCAACUGCCUCAGCAAGCUCUCGGGCCGAAGAAGACGACGCGGCGACGGGACACGAUCCGUUUAGACUACUUGAUGAGCUAUGA